AUGACAUUAGAUACCCUGCCAAUGACCACAGAUACCCUGCCAAUGACCACAGAUACCCUGCCAAUGACCUCAGAUACCCUGCCAAUGACCUCAGAUACCCUGCCAAUGACCUCAGAUACCCUGCCAAUGACCACAGAUACCCUGCCAAUGACCUCAGAUACCCUGCCAAUGACCUCAGAUACCCUGUCAAUGACCACAGAUACUCUGCCAAUGACCACAGAUACCCUGCCAAUGACCUCAGAUACCCUGCCAAUGACCUCAGAUACCCUGCCAAUGACCACAGAUACCCUGCCAAUGACCUCAGAUACCCUGCCAAUGACCUCAGAUACCCUGCCAAUGACCACAGAUACCCUGCCAAUGACCACAGAUACCCUGCCAAUGACCUCAGAUACCCUGCCAAUGACCUCAGAUACCCUGCCAAUGACCACAGAUACCCUGCCAAUGACCUCAGAUACCCUGUCAAUGACCUCAGAUACCCUGUCAAUGACCUCACAUACCAUUUACUAA